ACUUGUCAUUUGUCAAUAUUAUUUUUAUUGAAAAUUGAAAAAUGGCGGACGAUGCACCGAGCAGUAGUGCUUUCGCCGGCAAUUCCGUUGAGAAUUCAAUAAAUCAAGAUGAAUUAAUUAUGAAACAGCAACGUGAAAUAGAGAAAGAGAUAUCAGAAACAAUUCCUCUCGUCGGAGAUCUCGAAUCUCUGCAGACUUUAGAAAAAGAAUACAAUGAGGAUCCCGUAUAUAUGUUAAAAGUCAAAGAUCUGUCUGCUAAAUAUAAGUACAUAAGAAGAACAAGACCUGACGGCAAUUGCUUUUUCCGAGCGUUUUCUUAUGCUUACCUCGAGCACCUGGCUACUGAUAAGCAGGAAUAUGAGAAGUUCUACGAAAUAGCGAAGAACUCGAAAGAAAUACUCGUCGCUUUAGGAUUUCCUCAGUUCACCGUUGAAGAUUUUUAUGAGACGUUUAUGGAAGUAGUACAAAGAGUAGGUAAACACGCUGGGGGUUCCAUGGAUGAGUUGGGAGCGAUAAGGCACGAGUUACACGAUAAGUUUAAUAAACAGGGUUACUCGGACUACAUAGUGGUGUAUUUGAGACUCAUCACCUCAGGACAGUUGCAGACUGAUCAGGAUUUUUACCAGAACUUCAUUGAGGGAUCUCGUACAGUCACCGAAUUCUGUAGACAGGAAGUUGAACCAAUGUACAAGGAAUCAGAUCACAUCCAUAUCAUAGCUCUGAGUAAUGCUCUGAAAGUAGGUGUAAGGGUUCGGUACAUGGAUAGAGGUGAAGGCAGCCAGGUAAUAGCUCACGACUUCCCCGAAGGAGCGAAGCCUCUCGUCCACUUGCUGUACCGACCCGGACACUACGAUAUUCUGUACGCGUGAUUGUGUUGUCCAUUUAAUACAUAUUAAAAUUAAUUAUCUUACGCA